AUGAAGCGGUUCGCUGUGACUUGUGUGUCAUCCGCUUGCUCGCCCUCCCUCACACAACACACCCCCUUCUGCUCGGCUUGCACUAGCGACCCUUGGUCCCACACACAACGUCAACAAGGUGGCCAAAGGAAAACAGCUAGGCGAUUCCAGCCCCCCGAUCCAGUCGGCUUCGACGGUGUCACAGUCCAAAGGUUGAACCGCCGUAAUGGGGCGAGGACGUCGGAUCUGCGGCGGGCCACAGCAGGUCAACACCCUUCUCAUCCACCAGGCCGUGCCACUUGCACAGGUCGACUUGACUGGCUGGCGUUGCUUUCCCACCACCCACCCGCUUCACUGCCUGGCAAAAGCGUCAUGGCCGGCCGCGUGAUUGGCAUGACAUUUCCGUUCUACGUACUGUACGGCACAACGCACUGGAAUGGGACGGAUUCAUCUUGUCAGGCCACUGAGCCCGUGGCGGAGGCGAAUAAUGAAAAGAAGACGGGAGUCGAUACUCGUCUCGCUCGCUCCCACUUCGGGCUGCUGGAGCAAUGGCAGCAGCAGUCAAUGCGCUCGCUCACUGGACCGGGCCCCGUUUACUUGGCUUCUCCAUUCUGUUUGGUGUCUUUGCCUACUCGUGCUCGCACGUACGCACGCACAACAGCACGCUGA